ACAAACGCACAUGAGGCGCGAUCCGCGUAGCUGCAACGUAAAUUGAACUAGUGUAACUGUUCUGAAUUGAGAUUUUGUGUUUUGCCGUGUCGGUGGUUUUCAUCACACCCAUGCUUGAACUUAGUACUAAAGAGACAGAAACCGUCAGCCGACAAUGAAAAGCACCAAGGAUAUCGUAUUUGAGGAAGACGAUCUCCCCUACGAGGAAGAGAUCAUUCGGAACCCGUUCUCUGUCAAGCACUGGAUACGCUACAUUGACUACAAGAAAGACCAACCAAAGCAUGUUAUCAAUUUGAUCUGCGAAAGAGCUUUACGAGAGCUUCCCGGCAGCUACAAGCUUUGGUACAACUAUUUGAAACUAAGAAGGCAACAAGUCAGAGAUCUCUGCAUAACUGACCCUGAGUAUGAGGAUGUCAACAGUGCUUUUGAGCGAUCGUUGGUUUUCAUGCAUAAGAUGCCUCGAAUAUGGAUGGACUACUGCAAGUUUCUCACCCUGCAGCAGAAAAUUACACGCACACGACGAGUGUUUGACAGGGCCCUCCGGGCUUUGCCCAUCACUCAGCAUCCUCGCAUUUGGCCACUUUAUUUGGAGUUUGUCAACAUGCACGACAUUCCCGAAACAGCUCUUCGUGUUUACCGCCGCUACCUUAAGCUCUGCCCAGAGAAUGCUGAGGAAUUUGUGGAAUACUUGACUCGCAUUGGUCGCUUGGAUGAUGCUGCUGUACUACUGGCAGAUAUUGUCAAUAAGGAAGACUUUGUGUCUAAAGAAGGAAAGUCUAAACAUCAGCUGUGGAAUGAGUUGUGCGAGAUGAUUUCCAAGAACCCUGAUAAGGUGCACUCGCUCAAAGUGGAUGCCAUUAUUCGAGGCGGGCUUCGCCGUUACACAGACCAGAUUGGCCAGCUUUGGAAUUCCCUGGCUGACUACUACAUCCGUGCUGGACUGUUUGAGAGAGCAAGAGACAUUUAUGAAGAAGCUAUACAGACGGUCCUGACUGUUCGGGACUUCACUCAGGUUUUUGAUGCCUACGCCCAGUUUGAAGAAAGUGUGCUCUGUGCUAAAAUGGAAGAAACUAGCAAAUCAAAGCCCAGUGAAGAAAGUGAUCUUGACCUUGAAUUGCGUCUGGCACGUUUUGAGGAUCUUAUGGAUCGAAGACCACUCCUGUUGAACAGUGUCUUGCUGCGACAGAAUCCACACAAUGUUCAUGAGUGGCUGAAGAGAGUUAAGCUUUUUGAAGGAAAGCCUAGAGAGAUAAUCAACACUUUCACGGAAGCUGUUCAAACCAUUGACCCCAAGCUGGCCACUGGAAAACUGAAUGUUUUAUGGGUGUCUUUUGCCAAGUUUUAUGAAGAAAAUGAUCAAAUUGAAGACGCUCGAAUUAUUUUUGAAAAAGCAACCCAGGUGCCUUUUACAAAAGUGGAAGACCUCGCUCAUGUAUGGUGCGAGUGGGCAGAGAUGGAACUGCGACACGAAAACCAUGAAGGAGCUCUAAAACUAAUGCAGAGAGCCACUGCAAUGCCCUCCAGGAAAGCUGCCUACCAUGAUCAAAGUGAACCAGUUCAAUUUCGUGUAUAUAAAUCGCUCAAAGUGUGGUCACUGUAUGCAGACUUGGAGGAAAGUUUUGGGACAUUUAAGUCUGCAAAGGCUGUGUAUGACCGGAUCAUCGAUUUGAAGAUUGCCACGCCACAGAUCAUCAUCAAUUAUGGCCUAUUUCUGGAAGAAAACAACUAUUUUGAGGAAGCAUUUAAGGCUUAUGAAAAGGGUAUUGCUCUCUUCAAGUGGCCGAACGUCUUUGACAUCUGGAACACAUACCUGACCAAGUUCCUGAAACGUUAUGGUGGAACCAAACUAGAGCGGGCUCGUGAUCUUUUUGAGCAGUGCCUCGAAGGUUGCCCAUCAAAAUUUGCUAAGUCUUUGUAUCUUCUUUAUGCCAAGCUGGAGGAAGAGCAUGGUCUUGCACGCCAUGCCAUGGCCAUCUAUGAUCGUGGCUGCAAAGCUGUGCUGCCUGAAGAACAGUUCGAAAUGUUCAAUAUAUACAUCUUGAAAGCAGCUGAAAUAUAUGGGCUGACACAUACUCGGGAAAUCUAUGAACGAGCCAUUGAGCUUCUUCCAGACACCCAGGCUCGACUCAUGUGUGUGCGCUUUGCUGACCUUGAGCGAAAGUUGGGUGAAAUUGACCGUGCUCGAGCCAUAUAUGCACACUGCAGCCAAAUGUGUGAUCCACGGACAACAGCUGACUUCUGGAACACAUGGAAGGAGUUUGAGGUGCAUCAUGGAAAUGAGGACACCAUGAGGGAGAUGCUGCGCAUUAAGCGCAGCGUACAGGCCAUGUAUAACACUCAGGUCAACUUCAUGACAGCUCAAAUGCUGAGUGCAACUGCCAGGGAAGCAGCAGCUGCAGCAGGCACUGAAGAGGCUCCAAAAGACUCGAUGCAGCAGUUGGAAGCAGCUGCUAAGUUGUUGGCUGAUGAGGCAAGGAAAGACACUGCAAGGAUGCCUGGCAAGGACAUCCUUUUUGUCAGGGGUGGGACCACAGACGAUGAGCAGAGCCUAGCAGAGCGGAGCCGCACUACAAACCCUGAUGAAAUCAGCAUAGAUGAUGAAGAAGGCUCCGAUGAUGACCAACAAGUUGAAGAGGUAGCUGUGGAACAAAGAUCCGUUCCAGAGGAAGUAUUUGGUGACCUCAAGAAAUAGGCAAGAAAAUUGCAGCACUUCAGAUAAUUAUAGUUUAUCAGAGCUGUCAGCAGAAAUAAAAUAAUUUUACUCU